GAAGUUCAACACCCACCGGCCAAGAGUCGCGCGGAUCGGCCAUGGAGCUCUCGCUGGAGCAUGAGCAAGAAUUGAAAAAGAUUUUUGACGAUUACGACGAGGAUGGAAGCGGUGACAUUGACGUCGAAGAGCUGGGGAAGAUCGCCGAUGAUUUGGGCGAACCACUGUCGAAGGAAGAACUCGACUACCUCGUCAAAGAAUUCGACGCAGACGGGAGUGGCACGAUCGACUGGGAAGAGUUCAUCGCGUGGUGGAAGUCUCCCUUUUAACUCCUGACAACAAACCAACUCCAAUUCGUUUGCGUCGUGCGUGGAGCGAUGCCGUGCUGGCCGACAGCUCACGAGCUCUCACCACGGGCCCGCGCAGUCCCGUCAACGUCCCGUCCCACGCCAUCCAUCGUCGCCCCGAUGUUAAUAUCGUUCUCGUCCGGCCUCGGCCACCGAGCCGUGUCACGUGGCGGUAAAUUUAGCGGAGGUUUCACAACGCCAAUAUAUGGAACGGAC